CUGAGCGGACGCCUCGUCCUCGCACUCGGCGACGUGCUGUCCGGGGUAGAGGAGGGCGGCGGGAGGAGAGGGUUGGACGGAGGGUGGCGUGCUAUGAUCAGCAUGGAGCUUCCGGCCCACGCGACGCAGCAUGGUGCUCUACACCUGGGGGUCGGGGUCGGGGUGAAUCCAGGUGACCCAGCCGGAAGUGCCCUAGCCGCCAUUCAUCCGCAUCCCCAGGACCCCCUAGCCCUCCACCAUCACAAUCACGGCGCUGCGACAGGCGGAGAUGACGGCGGCCACGGGAUACACCAGGACGGUCACGGCGGUGUCAACCAGCUCGGCGGUGUCUUCGUGAACGGAAGGCCGCUACCGGAUGUAGUCAGGCAGAGGAUCGUCGAGAUGGCGCACAGCGGCACCCGACCGUGCGACAUUUCGAGACAACUCAGGGUAUCUCACGGCUGUGUAUCCAAGAUACUGUCGAGAUAUUACGAGACCGGUAGUUUCAAGGCUGGCGUGAUAGGAGGCUCCAAGCCGAAGGUGGCGACGCCGCCGGUCGUCGACGCGAUCGCCAACUACAAGAGGGACAACCCGACCAUGUUCGCGUGGGAGAUCAGGGACAGAUUGCUGGCCGAGGGCAUUUGCUCGCAGGACAACGUGCCAUCCGUCUCCUCCAUCAAUCGGAUCGUGAGGAACAAGGCGGCGGAGAAGGCGAAGCACGCGCAUCAGCAACAGCAGGCGCAGCAGCAGCAAGGUCAGCAGCAAGGUCAGCCCGGAUCGGGCGGUUCCGUGUCGGUGAUAGCACAUGCACCUGCGACGGCGGCAGGCCAUCCCGCUGCCACCGCUCCCAACGCCUACAGCAUCAGUGGCAUCUUGGGCAUCCCGGUGCACCAUCAGGAUCCCAACGGCAACAGCAUCAAGAGGAAACGCAGCGACGACGACGACAAUCGCGACCUCAACGACCACGCCGAGAACGACCUGAAGAGGCAGAGAAGCAACUACAACGGCGAUCAGCUGUACUCGAACCUGUGGUCGAGUAAAUGGAGCAUCAAGGACGAGCACAAGUUCCUGAGCGAGCUCGGCGGCGGCGGCGGCGGCGGCGGCGGCGGCGGCGGCGCAACCGGCGGCACGAACGGCGCUGGAGGAGGCGGCGGCGGCGGCGGUGGAGGUGGCGGAGGCGGUGGAGGCGGCGGCGGUGGCGGCGGCGGAGGUGGCGGCGGUUACUACGAACACGGCGGAUUCCCCGGGAACGCUAUUGCCACCUCCGCCGAGCUCUACGACUCCCUGGGCACCAUCAGCACGAUGACGCAAGCGCAAACUCCCCAUCUCUACACCCCGCCCAUAGGGGGCACCAUAGCAGGUGGUACUUUGACGCCGCUCGCGCCACUGACGAUGCAAGAACUAAAAUUGAGCCAAACAUUGGACGGGGCUAACAUGUCUCCUUACCACACCACCGCAGAGAGCAGUACCGUCGCAGUAUCGUAUGUAGGGGUGGGGGCCGGUGGGGGCGAGCAAAGUCCCCCGAUUUCGUUGCAGAACGAGACAAACGCCACCCCCGCGGCCCCCAAUACCUCCGGAGGGGAUCCCGGACUGACGGUCUUGCAGCCGCCAGUUUCUCAGCCCCAGGUAGCCUCUGCGAUACCGCCGUACUCGACGAUGCUACCAAGUUUCGGACACUACGCUACCGGUGGUGGCGAUUACGCGUACAGCGCUGCGUAUUCCCAGUACUCGAGCGCGCCGUACAGCGGCUACGGUUAUGGGGCGGCGACAAGCGGGUUGCUCAACUCCACGUACUACUAUUGCAACGGGGACACGUCCACCCACACGUCGCAGCAGGGCGGCGGCUGCAGCAGCGGUGGUCCGGAGAGCAGCGCCGACGUGGCCAGCCGGUCGCCUCUGGCGGCGACCAGAGCCAGCAGCGGUGCCAGCGCGGCAUCGCCGACCGGGAGCGCCUGCACCAAGCCGGACCACACGUCCACGCCGACGGACCUCUACCUGGCCUGAUGGUCGAGCAACAACCGCACGGGGGACCGGCUGCCGGGGCCGAACGGGCCAGCCGGCUGCGACAACGGGCGCCAUAUCACGAAGAGACAGAGCAUGUCGAGGCGAUGAAGCAAUGAUCUCUUUCCCAGCGGCUCCGGGAACUCGUGUUCUCGGCGGACCCGGUGACGGCGGCUCCCUGCGGCCGCCACCGAGCAAUACUCAACCGCGCGAGAGCAACGCGCCAAGAUGGCGCGAUCACCUGGCGAGCGUCCUCCGCGCCGGCGGAAGCUGAAGCGCUGGAUCAGUGAUUGGUCUCCGGGCCGGGGGAACUCCGACGAAGAUUCCAGCUGAGUGGCCGCGCGCGCGCGUGCGCGCGCGCGCGCGGAGGCUUUCGAACUCGACCG